AUAGACAGAGGGAAGGGACGCAGGCAGACGAGAAAACAAGAAAUGCGGCGAGAGCAACAGAGGUAAAGACGUUUUUCCGAGGGAGACAAAAAUACGCUCUCACAUAAAUGCUCCAUACUGUAACGAGGGAAUAAUAACCGCAGCAAGAAAGGGGGGGGGACGCAAAGAAGAUGGAUGUACAGACGGACAAUAUGGACCCCGCGCCUUGUGAAUCAAGUGGGAAAAUUCGCAAAGGAUUCAAGCUGUUUGGAAAACGCAAGCCUGGUAGCAUCUUUUCUAUGAAAAACAACAAAUCACCUGUUAUCAGGAGCCAGACCCACGAUGGAUUACCAGAAGGUGCUUCACCUGAUUCUGAGUCGGAAGCAGACAAGGAGAAGGCGCAGGGGGUGAGUCAAGGAGACAGCGAGUAUACAGAGGAGGAACUGACAGAUGAGAUGGCUGCUGCCCGCAACUCCAUCUCUUCAACCAGCUCGGCCAAGUCCCUCAGUUUUUUCUCUAGACUGAAAGGGGCUCGGAGAGGAGGCGGAGACCGCAAGGUCCACACAAUUUCCCAGCCAGUGCGUCCACAACGGCAAGGGCUGAAGAGUCUUUUUGACAGCGUGAAGUUCCGCUCGAAAGACAAGGAGGACAAAGUGGACGCUCCCCUAAGCCCACUGCUAAUGUCAUCCCGAUCUAACAGUGUGGAAAUUAUCAAAGAGGACCUCAGUCUCACCCCUAAAUCUCACCCUCGUUCCCUUGAGAGCCCUGAGAAAGUGAGCAAUGAGGCUACUCAGAGCUCUCCGACAGCAGCAGGUGAUAUGAAGGACGGAAAGGUGGCACCUGAAAGUAGCCUGGGUUCCUUGUUGGAGGACAUUUCCUCUCUCCUCACCUUUGAGUCCAUUUCCGGAGGAGACAUCAUGGCCGGUGUGGAGGCAGAAUGGGGAAAAGUCAAAUGUGCCACAAGUUCGGAAGCACCUGAGGUGUCGGCAUCGACCACUUCUCACCUCUCUAGACUAACUUCCGCCACUCCAACAACCUGUACUUCUUCGCCUGUAGCCACCCCUCCAAUCAUGAGCACUUUUUCCAAACCCUCCACAUUUACCACCCAGUCGCUCAAACCAAGCUCAUACUCUGCUCUAACCUUUGAGCAACCUUCUAUUGGAAUUACAAUUAAAUCUGCUAACAUUAAACCUUCAUUUACUCUUAUGACAUCAACAUCUCCUCCAAAAGUUUUUACCCCUUCAGUCACAAUGACUGCUACUACAACCACUUUCAAGAACCAGGCCUCUGUGAACAAGACAAGUCUUAACUCAACUGAUGGCCAACUGGCUUCAUUAGACACUGCAACACAUCCACGUUCAACUCUCACCUCAGUAAGUAAGCCUAUCCCUGAAGCUACCCCCCCUCUUUUCACAAUUGUCAAACCUGCAACCCCACAUCCAGCCUCCCCUUUCACCUUUAACCAACUUGCUAAUGAUUUUAACUUGCAAACUUCCAACUACACCAAACUUCAAAAUGCACUUGCAAAGGAUGAAUCCGCUUCAAAUACCAAACCUCCUUUCAUUUCCACCAUAACAACAGUUAUGCCAUCUGUGCCAAGCAUUUCUAUACCUGCACAGUCGGGGAUCCUUAAUAGGAACUCUAUCCCUCUAGAUUGUGCCCAACCUGAAUCUAGCCCACCCAGGGCUAAACAGUCUCUUACGUCUUUAGACACCACUAGUCAUGCAAAAGGGCUGAGUCCAGUCUCCCUAUCCAAAACUCCUUCUUUACCUGUGACUGUAUCAAAAGACCCUCCUGCUUCUGCAUAUAUACCAGUGUCUGGCUCUCCUUCAGUUGGUGUGCCAUCCUCAAUUGACGCCCCUGCCUCGGCCCAUGUUCCAGUUGCAGUGUCAAAAAGCCCACAUGCCCUUGAUAAUUUUACAAUUUCACUGUCAAAAGGCCCUCCUGCCCUAGCUCAUAUUCCUGUUCCAGUGUCAAAAAGCCCUCCUUCCAUGGAUAAUGUUCCAGUUACACUGUCUAAAUGUCCUUCUGCUGCGGCUCAUGUGCCAGUUUCAUUAUCAAAAGGCCCUCCUACCCUGGUCCUUGCUCCGGAUCCAGUGUCAAAAUGCUCUCCUGCCCCGGCUAAUAUUCCUGUUCCAGUGUCCAAAAGCCCUCCUGCCCUACUCUCAGAAGGUCCUCCUGCUCUGGCUCAUGUUCCAGUUACACUAUCAAAAGGCCCUCCUACCCUGGUCCUUGCUCCGGAUCCAGUGUCAAAAUGCCCUCCUGCCCCGGUUAAUAUUCCUGUUCCAGUGUCCAAAAGCCCUCCUGCCCUACUCUCAGAAGGUCCUCCUGCUCUGGCUCAUGUUCCAGUUACACUAUCAAAAGGCCCCCCUACCCCGGUCCUUGCUCCUGUUUCAGUGUCAAAAAUUUCUCCUACCCCGGCCCAUGUUCCAGGUAUAGUUUUAAAAUGCCCUCUUACCUUGACCAAUGUUCCAGUUACAUUUUCAGAUAGCUCUUCUGCCCUGAACCAUGAUCCAAAAAGCCAUCCUGUUUCCGCUCAGAUCACAAUUUCUCCAACCAAAUCCUCCCCUUCCCCUGUCACCUCCCUUCCGACUUCCCCUGUGCCUUUGCCAAGUGAAGCUGCACCAUCUAACAAGAUGAUGGCAAGCGAGGCGCCGACAAACGGGCAGUUGUCAAGUCCGGGUAGCACAGAUGCACAAAGUGCCAAAGUGGAAGAGCAGCUUAAUGGGUCACGCAUGGACCUCUCCAAAGAAAGGCGGACACAAGUAAGGGCAGUAAGCAAAAUCCCUGUAGUUGGUGGAGCCCGAACAGGAAAGCAAACAGUGCGAGACAGCCACCAUGCUGAGGAUGAAUCAAGCAGGGACCCACCUACUCCUGUGUUCGAAGAGAACAGGCCUAUCUUGGGCUACCACGAUACAGGGAGCAGAGACAAAGGUGUCAGUGUUGAGGUCCAUGUGCAAACCACUAAACACAGCCAGGAGCAGAGUCAGCUGCCUCACCAGUCCAAACAACCCAUCAGUUUACCGCGUGACUCCAGGAUCCCCAUCAAGCACGGCGCCUCACAAAUCCCGCAAGCUAGAGAAUCACCUCGCACCAAGAUACCUGUGUCCAAGGUGCCAGUGCGCAGGGUUGGGAAUAAACCUCCAUCUGCUGGUGGUACAAGAAAAUAAAAAUAAUCCUUUGGACAUUUCCCUCACUCCCCUUUAACUUCACAACUGUGUGUCGGUUUUUCAUCUACUGGUUUCACGAAGGAAAGACGCCAGCACUUGAGCACAAACAUCUGCACAAGCCUGACUGGCACUCAGGAACAUUGUGGAGCAGGAAAUGGAACAGGUUGGGUGCUUUUCCUACAGACUAUAAUUCAGUCUUUUCUACGGUAUUUUAACUUUUGUUAAACAUGCUUUUUGUAGAGAACGUCAAACCCUUCCUUCUUUCUAGGAGCACCCCUAUGUUGGUAUCCAGAGCAGCUCGAAAACUAUACAUUCCACAACCUAUCUCUGAUGUAUGUAGCAGAAAAUGUGCCAUUUCGUUCGUUUUUGCGCUGGUCCCAAAGUACAUCCGCCCUUAUGUGUUUUCCUGCUCCUAUGUAACAUGGCUAGAUCACAAAGGGAGAGACUUUGAAGAGGGCAUGGAAGUGAUUCAGUCAGCUGCCAUUAUGAAUGGCUCAGUGGACAUUUGAAAGGAUGCAGAGAUGAGGCCUCUGGCUUGUGCAUGGACACAUAACCUGAUCCCGCUUAUACUCAGAUGAUCUGUGUGCACAGUCUUAACUAUGUAGUUUCCUAUUUAACCAAUAAAAUAUGAGUGCUUAGAAAGUGGACAAUUCAUUUUAAUGCAAAUGUAAAGCAGGAUUUAUUAUGAAGUCGGAUUAUUCCUUCAGCUAAAUUAAUAUGGAAGAAUGACAUAAUGCUGUCAUUGAGAUCGAAGGAAUAUUUUCACUGUUCAAAUGUCAGCAUGGUUUCACUGUGACCUCCUCACACUGCAAGCUCACUGACCUGAAUAGAAGGCACGUUCAUGUCAACUGCAACCUGGCCAAUCGGCUAAGAGGGAGCACAAUUAUCAUACGUAGCUUAACACGAAAGGAGUGUGCAAAUUAGAGUCAUUGCCAUUUCAGGCGUGUACUGCAUCUCACUCAAAGUAAUGCAAUUAGGAUUACAUUGGUGAUGGAUUUUAAUAAAAUAAAAUCCAUUGUAAUUUUAUUUUUAUUUUUGGUGUUACCUAUGAUUUGUGCUCCCAAUGUUUUGGAAGGAAAUCUACAGUUUAUUACAGAUACCAUCAUAGGUUUCUAAUCAUUAGUCAAUGACUUAUGAGCAGCAAUUUUGUCCAAGAUACUUUGCUUAAUGGCAGCCAUGUUUUUCAUCCAAACUUUCUCAAAUUUUAAUGACAUGUGCUUGCCAGUCCCGUUUAAGGCAGGGAUAUUAAAUGAAAUUGUUUGGGGGCCACAUGUUCAGAAAGCUAAGGACCAGUGGGCCAGAUUCCUCCAUUCGCUAUUAGUCUUAUUGUGUAUAUUCGUGAGAACCAGCGUCCUCUAUAGUAGACGUUUAAUUUUGGUCUAUUAAUUUUGUUACAGUUACAGGAGCGCUCUGCUGUUUUUAAGGACCUACUAGUGUUUUUAAGAAUCUGCUGCAAAAAUGUUAGUCUCAAGUUUUUUUUAGCUGAGCUCACAGGCUUCCAGUUGGGUCACCCAAAUAAUGAAAAAGAGAGGACAAAAAAUGGAACCUUGAGGAACACUAAUACAACAAAAGAAGCUUAACAAAUGACUACUAACUGCAUUUGAAGAACAAGCUACAGCAACACCUUAGUUGCAUAAAUCACAUUACUAAAGAAAAAUUGUACCUGCCAAAAUGGAGAAAACUUAUAGGGGUGCCUUGAGGAACGCCUCAGUUAUGUAAAUCCCAAGUUUGCUAGCAAGGUUAAAAUGUCAAUGCAAGUAUCUGCCAAUGUGUUUACAUUGUUCCAUAUUCCUCUUUACAACAGGAGCGCUCCCAUUUUUUUCCGGAAUUUGCUGCAAAAAUGUUUGUCUCCCUAGUUUUGAAAUGAACUCAGGGGCCGAUAUGGUGUCAGGUUUGGCCCCAGGGCCACAAAUUGAAUACCCCUGCCUUGAGGUGUGUACUAGAUCGGGUUGCAAUUCGACUCAACACCCAAACGUGGUUGCAGUAGAGCAUGUUUUGACAAAUGUUUACCCUUUUGUGAGCACCAGUUCAGUAGAAUGUGUUUUACACACUGUAGAUGUCUUGUAACGUAACAGACAUGUUUUUUCGUGAAGAAUUUAGGCGUUUUUUUCUUUUUCUUUUUUCUUUUUUCUUUUUUCUUUUCAUGAAGCUAUGGGGCACUGUACAGAUCAGUAAUGUGCAACGCAAGUUUGUCUGUAUUGCAAUAUUAAAUAUGAGCUUAAAGAGCAUGUAAAAAUAAUGGCUGUUUUGAAAGCAAUCAUUAUUACAAUAUUCACUUGGGCCAUGAUCCUUUCUGCGGUUUGGAAUAGGAAACCCAUUUGAGAAGGUCCACUGAAUAGAGCCUUUUGUCCAUAUCACAUGAUAACUAAUCAACACUUACAAAGUUAUUACUACAGAGAACUUUAUGGCAACAGAACACACUGAAGAGUUGGCCAUGCAUAAGCUUUCUUAGUCAAUAAAGUGUUUGUGUGUGUUCCCAGCGUGAUGCAGCAAUUUCAACUACCAUAAUGCACUGGGACAGCCUGGUACAUCUCGUGGAUGUGUUUGUGUCUGAAUCUGCCUCUGGAGAGCGAUGUGCCUCUUUAGAUCCUAAUUUAGCAUGCUUCAUUCUGUGUUUCUAUGCCAACCCCACUAGGUCAACCAAUAGAAGUGUGUGAGCAACAGUGGGAGGAGUUUCUAAAAAUUAGUGCUUUACCCAAGCACUAAAAAGACACAAAGUGUGAAUCGAACACAUGUUUUAAUGUCAUUUGGCGGAUACAUUUGAUCUAAUUGUAUGUUUGUAUCUGGGGUAAAUGACUGGAUAAUGAUCAUUAUUGUUUUGCCUGGAGCAAUU